AACUAACCUCCAAAUCAUACGAGUUCCCGCUAUAGUUUAUUCUGCAAAAAACAGGAUUUCUCUUGUUCAGUGGUCACUGGAAUCUCAACAAAAUGUAUCACAGUUCGGAUGAGGAGCUCGCGAAACAACUUCAUCAGCAAUUAAACCGGAAGAGGAGUUCCAGUGUCUCUGGGAUUUCAGGAUAUUUGGCAGCUAAUAGCGUACGCAAUGUGGAUCUCAAUGCCACCCAAUAUCUCGUGGACGACGUGUGGGAGCUCAAGGAUCCGACGCCGGACGUGAAGGCACUGUUCAAGCGCUUCGACCAGCGCUUCUUCAAGAACAAACUCCAGUGCGUGCAGCUGGAAUGGAGCAAGCGGAUGUACAAUUGCGCUGGGAUCUGCUAUCUGCGCUCCAACAAGUUUGGGAAGGCGUGCACGAUUCGCCUCAGUGAGCCACUCCUCAAGUUGCGCUCGCGGAAGGACUUGGUGGAGACUCUGCUCCACGAGAUGAUACACGCCUACUGCUUCGUGCAGGGCAUCCGGGAGGGAAACGGUGGCCACGGGCCCACUUUCCGGAGUAUCAUGCACAGCAUCAACCGAGUGGCGGGCACUAACAUCUCGGUGUAUCACAGCUUCCAUGACGAGGUAAACGUCUACAGAACGCACGUGUGGCGCUGCAACGGGACUUGUCAGCACCGCGAGCCGUUCUACGGCUACGUGAGGCGCACGAUGAACCGCAAUCCGGGCCCCUCUGAUUAUUGGUGGAAGGCGCACGAGCAAUCCUGCGGUGGACACUUCGUAAAGAUCAGAGAACCGGAGAAGACGAAGCCCAAAAACGCCGCCAAGACAAGUACCAAUGCCAAUACCACAGAUAUCCGUAAGUUCCUCACGCCACCACGGAAGAGCACGCAACAGCCGGAAGCGGAGACAAGCGAAGUGAGGGCCAAUGUGAAGGAUGCGUGGAGUAAGAAAUUCGAGUCGCCCAAUCGCUCUAAGCCGGGAAGCAGCAAGUCAACAAAGUGGGAGAAAAUAGAUGAUGAUGAUGAUGUGUUUAUUGAAGAUCCCGAUAUUACUGUCAUCAGUCUGCUGGAUGAUUCAGUGGUUCAGCCUGUAGUGAAGCCCACGCGUCAGGAGCGACAGAGCCAAUUAAGGAAGGAAAUCCUGGAAUCGUUCGACGACAAGACUGAUGCCAUUGAGUUGAUCGAUGAUGAGUACGACGAUGAUGAUACGGCUGACAAUUCACACGUCCUGAAUCAGUCCGUGAUUGACGAUCUCUUCGGCAAGGACACUCUGAUGGAGGAGUUCAACAAGAACAAUUCCUCAGACAGCCAGAAGCCUCAUGGCACUGACGAUGAGUUCAUAACUUGUCCAGUGUGCGAGCAGUUCCUUUCGCGAAGUGAUUUGCCCAGUCACAUGGAGGGAUGCUUGGGAAUAAUCGAGAACGUGAAAUUCCGUUUCCCGGGCUCAGCCAAGCCGCCACCAGUCAAAAAGCCGAGGAAGCAUGAAAGUCGCUCCAGUUCAACUUCAAGCAUCCGAGCUGCAAAUUCAUCUCCGAAGACUCCGAAUGUCGUGAACAUCAAUUCAAAUGCUGCUCUUGUGUCUUGCCCAGUUUGCAAUGUUUUCAUUUGCGAGGAGGAAGCCAACGAUCAUCUUGAUCUUUGUCUAUGGCGACACAGUGGCUCUGCUAUUGACUGAAAUUACCAUAUUUCCAGAUGCUGAACUCAUUGUGAUGAUUGUGAUACAACAAAAAUUCCCCAAAACAAAAUUAUAAAUCUCGAAAU